CCGCAAGCAAGCAAGGCUCAGCAAGAGCGCUCGGCACUGGGCAGAGCUGAGCACUGCUGGAAAUCUUGUGCCAGGAAACGAGGUGGCAGAAAGCAGCACAGCAGAAAGCAUGGUCAUUCAUGCAGACUCACGGCUACAAAGCAUGGCAUUAUAGUACUUGCAGCUCGAAGGAGAACGGAUUUCAGCCUUCUGAUUUGGAAGCACUCAAGGACAAGGUAGCUGGUUGCUCUCACUCAGUGCGAGUCCUUCAUCAGAAGGCAUUCUGAUUGAACAGCGCCAUUUCCUCAUGCAGUUGCCUUGUCCUUUGAGCCGCUGACAAAUCAGGGCGAGGAAGACCGCACUGGUAUACUGCGUUGUAGGUCCCUUGAUACUUUUGUUGAAGGCAAGCAGCAACAUUCCAUCCCGCUCUGCUUCUCAAGUGCUUUCCAAGAUGCAGGCGAUCACCUCCGCCCAGUUAGGGAGGGGUACACUCUUUCAGGCCUUACACCCUGUGCAGAAACCUGCUUGCAGUGGAUCAAUUUCUCAGCCCCUUGCCCUGCUUCCUGUUCCCUCAAGAAGUCGGAAUAUCUAUUCAAAUGUCUCAGAUCUAGCUGCUCAAAAGGUGAGCCUCGUUGCCGGGGGGGUCCGAAUUGCACAUGAGGUGAGCCCUCUGAAGAGGAGGGCUGCGACCCGGGGGGUCAAGGUAGCUGCGCGAAUUGCCCCCCCGCCGAUCGACGUUGCGACUGGACGGAAGCUGCAGAAAAGUUAUAGGACGCCAGCCACUGCUUCGGAUCCGGAAGUUAUCCAGGUUGGGGCGGACUUUGUAGGGGAGUCUGGUGCCUCUUUGGCGAAUGGGUGGAAGCUGGGAAAACAACUAGGCGCGGGGGUCCAAGGUGCCGUGUUCUUGUUGGAGAAUGAGGAUGGAUCUGAUGCAGGCCGCGUCUUCAAGCAGAUCCGCAACAAGGAGAUUGGUGAGGUCACGGGAAACCUGGUGGGGCUCGAGCGCGAGUGGGCCAUCGGGCGGCAGCUUAACCUGCUAGAUGACCCGGACGGUUACCUCCCCGGGUUUAUGCAAACCGGGUCCAAGGUCCUUGACCACGAGGGCCAGUUCCUAGGGAUGACGCUCGAGAAGCUGAACGGGGGGGACGUUCUCGACCGCUUCGAGGACCCCCUCUUUAAUGACGUUGACUACAUUCUUAACCUGAUUGUUCAGGUGCUGUGCGCGCUGGACCGCGCACAGCAGGCGAUUGGUUUCUUCCACCAGGACAUGCGCAUCCACAACGUCAUGGAGCACCGCCUGCAAGAGGAGCUCGGGGAUCACGUCCCCGAGGCUGACGAGACGCAGUUCGGCAAGACCGUGGAUUUGCGCGGCCUCCAGUUCAAGAUCAUCGACUACGGCCACGCGGUGAUCGUCAAGGGCGAGGGCAAGGACGAGGAGAAGCUGCGCAAGGCGCGCCGCCUCAAAGUCCCCGACGUCCCGGCAUACAGCCUCGAAAUUCCAUACCGGGCGAUUUUUAACGAGCGUGGUGACGUGUGGCGCUUCGUGCGAUCGGUCGCGCAGGCGCUUGAGGGACGCACGUGGCCCCGUGCGAGCAGGCCCAAGGUCAAGCUGAUCCAGGCGCUCGUACGAAAGACCUGCGGUGUCUCGAUCCGCGCGCACUACGCGAGCUCCAUCGAGUCCGGUGAGCGGAAGAAGGGGCCGCUGCUGCAGCUGGUCUCGUUCGGCGGGAGCCUCUUCCCCGUCAAGUGGGCCGACAUCAUGCUCCGCGCGUAUGUUCUGCCCGGGCACCCGACGAUGCAGGCGCGCGAGGCGCUCGCGUACCUCGAGAGGAAGCGCGCGCAGUACAACCUGCCGCCGUCCAACUUCACCACCACUCCCAUCUCGUUCAAUAAUCUGCCUGGUUCCUCGAAGGAGGUGGCUUAGCAAGAUGACUACGACAAGGUCUGCGCUGGAGGCGCACUUGCGCUUUGCUUCUUGCAGAGAGGGCCAGAAGCCCGGUCUGGUGCUCUGACGUAGGGCUGGUAGGAUGCAGCCGUUUAGUUGACACUUGCACAGUGCACUGUUGCCUUAAUUGAAGGCUUAAUAGAUCCAACGGGUCUAGACUUUUGAACUACAUCGGAAGUGUGAGACAGCCUGUUAGCUACUUGUGUUUAUGGACAAAGGUCCAUAGAAUCGAGCAUUUACGGUAGAGAUGCAUAAUCUCAGGUCCGAGACGCUUGCUUUGGUAGAUUGCAUGACUCCUUGCAUCUGUGUAGCGGGGUUGUCUUAGCUGUCUGUACUUAAAUCGCCGAUGGGGAAGUAGACUGAUUCAGGAAAGGUUAAGUUGCAGCUUAAACGCAGGAACAGUUGACCUUCACCGGUCUCCAAGGCUAGCGUAGGCAGGCUUCAAACGCAUCAGGGUACAUAUAGGCUAGUUUGGAAGAUCGAAUGACUUCUAAGCAUGUACAAACGAAUUUGUUUAGCAUGUAAAGGUGAACGCAUUGUUCAUUCACCAAUCAAGAUGACGGUCGGUUG